AUGAUGCCAUUCACAGUUCGUUUUACACAUGAUUCCCAACGGUGCAAUGAUAAAAGACGGGCUCGACCCUCUAGGUCAAUUGCAAAAGCCUCAAACCAUACAUCAUGUCCACCCGCAAUCCAAUGGAUAACAUGAAGUCCACAUGGCGUACAUGGGAUCGAGACCAGUGGAAAUUACCUCACAAAAUCUUUGAGCAUGCCAACGUAUACCAUGUCGAGCUGGAUAGAGAAGUUCCAGUCCAUUCCAAGCAGGACAAGGUGCCCUACGUCUCGGAUUGGUCAUUGAACCUCUGGGUGAUCGUGAAUGCGGGAAUCCCUCUGGUCAUUCACCAGAUAUUCACUUCUGUGACGGGAUAUAAUCUCCACCCGCUUGUCGCCCUAUUAUACUAUUACUAUGCGUCACGGUGGUUCACGACAAGAGAACUCCGAAACCUCCGAGAACUCGGCCAUGUCCAUGGAUUCUUGGACGGCGAUAAACAUGAGCGGGACGGGGUGCCCGACGUUGGUGUUUCCAAAGCGCUGACUUCCGUCCUGUUGGCUGGCGGCCUUCGUCCAGUCAUGACAGUAUGGCUCACCUACCACGCAAAUGAAGCACCCGCUUCAUUAAACUGGUUCUGGCUCCCGAUAGAAGCCAGUCUUUACGGCAUUAUUCUUGACUUCUGGUUCUAUUGGUACCAUCGUCUUAUGCACGACAUCAACAAUCUCUGGAAAUUCCACCGUACCCACCAUCUUACGAAGCAUCCUAAUCCGCUGCUCACCAUCUACGCGGACUCGGAGCAGGAGUUUUUCGACAUCCUGGGAAUUCCGCUGAUGACUUGGUUUACGAUGAGACUAAUGGGAAUGCCCAUGGGAUUCUACGAGUGGCACGUUUGUCAACUAUACGUUUUGUUUGCCGAACUGGCCGGACACAGUGGCCUCCGUCUACAUGCAUCACCGCCAAACCCGUUGACAUGGCUGAUGAAAGUGUUUGAUGCUGAGUUGGUUAUCGAAGAUCAUGAUUUGCAUCAUCGCCAAGGCUGGAAAAAAAGUCACAACUAUGGAAAACAAACAAGAGUCUGGGACCGAGUCUUUGGAACGUGCUGUCCUCGGAUUGAGAGCACAGAGGCAAAUAUCGACUACGAAAACCCUGUUAGCAUGCCGCUUUUGUAA